GUGCGGAGACCAUGGGAAGCCUCGAGAUUUCUUGGCCUGAUCCUACUGUGUGGUGACGCUGUCGCCAGCGACAGCAGGCACAGCUAAGGGCAGCCUUCUGGGGUAUCAAGAAGAGCAGAGGCCUUGGCCACAAGCCUCGCGAGCCGGGAGCUGUAGGCGGUGCUGAGGGUAGCGGAACUCAAGGGCUCUCCAUGGACCACAUGUCACAGGAUGUCCCCCAGGAGGAGGCAGGCUAAAGGGUGGGAACCACUACAUAGGCGUCCCUGUCUCCAUGGAGGACCUGCGUCCUCAAGAGCCCAUGGAACGGCAAGAUUCACCCACGGAGACGAGUCCUAGUGGCUCAGGAGACAACCUCUGCCACCUAGGGCCCCCGGAGUGCACCCACUGCCUCAUCACCUUCGCCGAUUCCAAGUUCCAGGAGCGUCACAUGAAGCGAGAGCACCCAGCGGACUUUGUGGCCCAGAAGCUGCAGGGGGCCCUCUUCAUCUGCUUCACCUGUGGCCGCUCCUACCCCUCAUCCAAGGCCCUGAUCACCCACCAGCGCAGCCACGGUCCAGGCACCAGGCCCUCCCUGCCAGAUGCGCCCACCACUGCCCAGGCCCCCUUCCCUUGUCCUGACUGUGGCAAGGCCUUUGGGCAUGUGGCCUCUCUGAAGCGGCACCGCCAGGUGCACAAGGCCUGCACCCGCCCUGGCCCCUUUGCCUGCACCGAGUGUGGUCAGGACUUCGCCCAGGAAGCAGGGCUCCAUCAGCAUUACAUCCGGCAUGCUCGGGGAGAGCUCUGAGCGUAACUGGAUCCCUCGCCACAGUGAUGGGGGUGCUGGGCGCUGUGGGACCUGGGCAUGACAGGAGGCACAGGCCUUCUAGGGGCCCUGACAGGACUGACUUCCCUCCCUGGGAAGGGAAAGGGCUCUCGAGAGACACGACCCAGAAGGUCCUCAUUUAGAGCUUCAGUCUUUGGAGGACACAGGCCCUUGAGAGAUACAGUAGUCAAAUCAAAUCACUGUAAGCUUUUUUUUUUUUUUUUUUUUUUUUUUAGAAGAGGAGCCAGAAAGAGAACAAGAGGGAAAAUUUUUUGUUUCCUUCAUUCCCAGUUAAACAACCAGCUGCACAUUGUGUAAUCACCUGCAGUUUUUCCCAGAUGGAUGCCACGGGCUACAGAAACAAACUGCCCUAGAUCUGUGCCUGAGUAGGAGGCAAGGAGGGCAGGUGCUGCUGGCUAAGUUCCAGACCUGAGCCGGUGGGGAUGGGGCAGUGAGGCCGGGCGCCAGACCCUGAGUCACACGGGUUACAAUUUGGGUCCUCUUCGCCCAGCACCCCCCCCCCACCUCCCUACCCAAGGAUGUUUUCUGUCCAUGUAGAGGACAUAAACAAGCUCAUGGAAAUAGUAUCUAAAAACAGAACAUCCAUAUUCAAAUGCCGGAGCAGGGAGCUCUGGCUUUCACUGAGAGCGAGCUGGGGAACAGAAGGAUAUGGGUAGAGGGAGGGCAGGGCAGAGCUGGCCUAGCCCCACAGGGAAUCUAGUUUGGUAUCAAACAGAGAUGCCUUCUGUUCCACGUUUUGUUUGGCCAACACUGGGACAUCUCCCAUUACCAUUCUAUGUUUAGCUCUCUCAAGGGGCCCAACUCAUGGCUUGCGUGGUCAGCACAGCAGAAGCUACAAGCUGGAGCACAGCAGCAGGUUGUCACCCCCCAACAGCACAGGAGACCCACCAGGCCUGCUUUACUCCGGACCCUCCCUGCUGUGCCCCUAGAGACAAGGGCUGAUGCCCUGCAUAAAAUAUUCACAGGCUCUAUUUGAAUCUAAAACUGGUUUUUGUUUAAGCCCACAGUUGUGAAUGGAAUGGAAACUGACAGCUGUCUCGGUUUUGUUGGGCACACAUAGCAGGUAAAAGGACUACUUCCCAGACUCCCCACAGCUGGGUAUGGCUGCUUUAGGACUGAGUUCUGGCUGAAUCUCCGGGUAGAAGCCUCCUUUGCAUUUCUACCUGGAGUGUGUGGCACCCAGUCACGCCUUGGGCCGCAGGGACCAGGCCACCUCGCCGAUGGCAGAGAACAAGAUAGCAAGAGCCUGGGUCUCUGGUCAGCCUCUCACAGCACUUCCAUAGCAGCCCACUUCUACACAUUCCCUAAGAGAAAUAAACCUCUUAUUUAAGCCACCGUUA